AUACAGAAAAAGAAAAGGAGCUGUAGCAAACUCUAUCCAGGUUGGACAGACUGUUUUGCGAUUAAAUAUGCUAAAAAGGACAACGAAAGGUCAUAAGAUGGAAGACACCUGGCUUGAACCAUACAGAGUUAUAGAAAUGACUGCAUCUGGUGGCUGUGUCCUUCGUUGCAUCAAAACUAAUUCAACAAUGAAGCGCAAAGUUAAUAUUAGUCAGCUGAAGAUCUACAAUACACCACAGAAGUCUUCUGAAUUGGCAAAUGCGACAAGCAAAGAUGAUGAAUCAGCUGCUACUAGGAUUAAGGGCAACAGCAAGCCAAAUUUCUCAGAUUUAGAACAUCAGCUAUUUGAUCAAAGUCUGUUACGGCUGUGGCGCACAGGAGCAAUAUGGGAGGCUUGGAAAGCUGAAGAAGACGACGAGAGAGAGGUAUGCUUACAUCUAGCUACUGGCACAUAUUGAUUAGUUAUGUUAUGGUUACUGCAUGUACUUUGUGUUUUGCAGCUUGCUGAACAU